AAACCUUCAUAAACCGCUUUUGAGAAGACUAAUUAUAAUAUAAUACAUGUAUUGAAGACAUAAUCGAAAGGCUCGAGUUCAGAAGCGGUUUCCCUGUCGUGACAACUCUUUCAGUUAAUCGAAGGCUACCUCACAUCUGGUAUUUCCACGCUUCAUCGAAUCACGCACAGGCGCCCCGCCGUACGGAGUUGCUGGGACAUGGCGCGGAAUGAAGAACCAGGUGUCUGGUCACCAUCAAGCUGGAAAGGGAGACCCAUAGUACAGUCUGUCGCCUACAAAGACACGGCUUCCUUCGACCACGCCGUUAGCAAGCUGAACACGCUCCCACCUCUGGUGACGCCGAGAGAGAUUGUGAGACUGAAGAAUGAAUUGCGUGAGGUCGCCCAGGGCAAUGCCUUCCUGCUUCAGGGUGGUGACUGCGCAGAGCUGUUCGAUUACUGCAAUCAAGACAUGAUCGAAGCCAAGGUGAAGCUGUUACUGCAAAUGUCCCUGGUCCUCAUCUACGGCGCGAAAAAGAAGGUUGUACGUGUGGCGAGGAUGGCUGGUCAGUACGCAAAGCCGCGGUCCUCGCCCAUGGAAACCAUCGACGGGGUUACGAUGCCCAGCUUUCGAGGAGACAUUCUCAAUAGCUACGAGCCGGAUCCUGUUGCCCGCGAACCCGAUCCCAAAAGACUCGUCGACGCGUACUUCCACUCUGCGGCGACACAGAACUACCUGAGAGCCGCACUCUCCUCGGGCUUGGCUGAUCUGCAUGCCCCUCUAGACUGGAGUCUCGGGCACGUUCGGGAUCCCACCGUUCGAGAUCAUUACCAGGCAAUCGUCGAGCGAAUCACGGACACUCUUGACAUGAUGCGCACGAUAGGUCUCGACACUGGCGGAGGUCUGGAGACUGUCGACUUGUUCACGUCUCACGAGGGGCUGUUACUCGAGUACGAGCAAUCUCUCACUCGAUUGUUCAAGCACCCCUCCAACGCGGCGCCACCUGCCCUGCCUUCGAAACCUGUUGCAUCACCAAACAAACACCGAAAAACCUCUCUACCGACACAGCUGCCACCACCUUUACCGCCGACGAAGGGCUAUUACGACACUUCGGCGCACUUCAUCUGGAUCGGCGAUCGAACCCGCCAACUGACACAUUCCCAUGUUGAGUUCUUCCGAGGCAUCGCCAAUCCAAUCGGUGUCAAGGUGGGACCCAGCAUGCCGGCCACUGACCUGGUGCCUCUGCUCGACAUCCUCAAUCCUGGACACGAAGUCGGAAAGAUUGUCUUGAUCACUCGUUAUGGCCACGACAAGAUCGCUGCUCACCUUCCGGGGCAUAUUCGAGCGGUGCAGGCGUCGGCGCAUAGAGAUACGGUGGUCUGGCAAUGUGAUCCCAUGCACGGAAACGGCCGCAACGCCACCGUCACAGGCCCCAGCACCGACGGCACAUCUACGAACGGAACGACGACUUUCAAAACUCGACGGUUCAGUGACAUCUUGUCAGAGUUGAAACAAGCCUUGACAAUUCAUCGAUCCAUGUCCAGCUAUCUCGGUGGAGUGCAUCUGGAAUUGACCGGCGAGGCCGUGACCGAGUGUGUCGGUGGUGCCGAGGAACUGACUGAAGAGGACCUGAGUUUGAACUAUACGACAUUCUGUGACCCCAGGUUGAACGAAAAGCAGGCGCUUGAAUUGGCCUUUUUGGUUGCUGGGUUUUACAGGGAGGCUACGGAGAAGAGGCAGACGAAGUAGUAAGACAUAAAAGACCUGAGGUGGUUACGAAAUGAAACUUGCAAAACGAGAAUGAGCACUGCAUGGUGGGAUUUGUAGGAUACAAUGGAUUCAUGCGAAAGAUUGAAGGAGUAUGCGCCUUUUUCCAAUGCUUUGAUGUCUCGUUGUCAAAUUUCUGUACCACCAAUGCGUACAGCCAACCCGGCCCUUUUGGCAAUAUUAAGCCCUGGCAAUUGCCUGAAUUCCUCUUUUCCACCUUCAAUGUGUUCAUCGGAUAGUGUUAUUGGUACUUACUCCCCGGACUCGACUCAAUGCAAGUGAGAAGCACCUCGUUAACAUAAUUCGAAUGGUUGGGUAUUUGGACAACUGAGCAGAC